UAUCAGUGUUUAAUUUAUUUGCAUCUUUCAGCUUAUUAUAUAUCUCCUCCUCAUAAACACAUUGCUUAUUUGUUCUACAAUGAGUAUUUACUAUACUAAAUAUUUAUUCCUUUAUUACUUUCUUGUUCUUGUUCUUGUUUCUUCUCAUUUUCUUUACUUAUCAAAUGCUGAAUCUUUUGAUUACCCAAAUGCAAACCUCUCUACUACGUGGAUAAAUAGCCCCUCUCUUCCCCAUUCUGUAAAAUUCACUGAUGGAUCAUUAGUGAGAGCUAUUCUUCUAAGAGGAACAUUGGGUCCAAAGUUCGCUUGCGGUUUCUUUUGCAAUGGAACUUGCAACUCUUACCUCUUCGCCAUUUUUAUAGUUCAAACUAGUAGUGUUUCAUACAUAACUUCUCCUGCCAUUGGUUUUCCUCAAGUAGUUUGGUCAGCCAACAGAAACAAUCCUGUUAGUAUCAAUUCGACGCUAGAACUCACGUCUGAUGGAGAUUUGGUCUUAAAAGAUGUUGAUGGAACUAUUGCUUGGUCCACGAACACUCGUGGGAAGUUUGUAGCAGGCUUAAACUUAACUGAUACAGGCAACCUUGUGCUGUUUGAUAAUGAAAAUGCAAUAGUUUGGCAAUCUUUUGAUCACCCAACUGAUUGUUUGGUUCCAAGCCAAAAAUUGGUUUCAGGACAGAAACUUAUUCCUAGUGUUUCUACAACUAAUUGGACUCAACUAAAUUUGCUAUCGCUGUCUGCCACUGAUGAAGGAUUUUUUGCUGCAGUUGAGUCCAAUCCACCUCAGGUCUAUGAAGAGUUUACAGUUUAUGGCAACAAGAUGAAUAAAGAACUAACUUAUGUUACUCUCCGAAAUGGAAGCUUCGCAUUGUUCGCCAAUUCUUCAGAGCCCAGUGAACCGGAUAUCUUCAUUCCAAUUCCUGCGGCAUCAUCAGCUCAGUAUGUGAGGUUUUGUCCUGACGGACAUUUGCGACUAUAUGAAUGGGGAACAAAUGGGUGGAAAGAAGUUGCAGACUUGCUUUCAGCUCCAGGUUAUGAAUGUUUUUACCCUACUGUUUGUGGGAAUUAUGGCAUUUGCUCGAACGGGCAAUGCAGUUGUCCUUCAACAACCUACUUUAAGCAAAUAAAAGAUAGGAAGCCUAAUCUUGGUUGUUCUGCAAUUACUCCUUUGUGUUGUGAAGCUUCUCAGAAUCAAAGUUUUUUAGAGCUUAAAGAUGCAACAUAUUCUUCAUUUCGCAUAGACCUCGAAAAUGUUGAUUCGGAGAGUUGCAAGAUCGCUUGUUCAAAGAACUGUUCCUGCAAAGCUGCUAUUUUUCAAUACGGUUCAAAUUCUACUGAUGGAUUUUGCUACUUGCCAAAUCAAAUAUUUUCACUGAUCGACAAUGAUCAGGAAAAAACUCAUUAUAAUUCUACCAUUUACUUAAAGGUGCAAAAUGAUUAGGGAGAAAGGCUAUCUUUAUGCAAUUUUUCAGGCUUUUGACAGGUCUAAUAUUUUUAUUUUGUAAUAAAAUGCACCUCUAUGGUUGCUUAGUUCAAUAUAUGACAAUUAUUAUGCUGGUUAAUAUGUAAAACGUGGUGUUCCUAAAUUUGUGUUAUUGUCAAUAUAGAAAAUUUUUCUUC